GGAGUAGUUAUGGGGAAAAAACGAAAAUUUAGUUCUCUGGAAAUUACUCUAAUUGUUCUUUUUCUUAUUGUCACGGGAGUGGCAGUUGCAAUGGUCGUGCUACUAGCUACAGGGCAACCAGGAACCAAAGAAAACCCUUCAGAGCCACCUUCAGUCGAACCACAAUGUCCUGCUACAGAACUCAAUAACAGGAUAGAUUGCCUUCCAGACCAAGUAGCUUCUAUGGAUGCUUGUAAAAAACGUGGAUGUUGCUGGAGUCCAUUUAAUGAAACCUACGCACCUUGGUGUUUCUUUUCAAAAACUCAUGGCUAUACUGUGACUAGUCAAAAAGACACUCAAGCAGGAUUCGAAGCAAACCUUAAAAGAAUGCCUUUUCCUUCUUUAUAUGGCAAUGAUAUUGAAGAUUUACAAUUGACAGCGGAAAUACAGACACAAAAUCGCUUUAGAUUCAAGAUUACAGACCCAAACAAUAAUAAAAGAUUUGAAGUUCCUCAUGAGCAUGUGAAACCUUUUACUGGUUCAAAAGCCUCAAAUCCCCAUUAUGAAGUUAAACUAACUCAUAAUCCAUUUGGCAUCCAGCUGAUCAGAAAUUCUAAUAAUAAAAUAAUAUUCGACACUACAAUAGGACCUCUUAUAUAUGCUGAUCAGUUCUUACAGCUAUCCAUUAAACUACCAAGUGGCAACAUAUAUGGUUUGGGUGAACAAGUUCACAGACAAUACAAACAUGACCUUAACUGGAAAACAUGGCCAAUAUUCACCAGGGAUUGGUUUCCAAAUGGAGAUGGAAACAACUUAUAUGGUGCACAGACAUUUUUUAUGUGUUUGGAAGAUAAAGAUGGAUCAGCUUUUGGUGUCUUCUUAAUGAAUAGCAAUGCAAUGGAAGUCACAAUACAACCAGCCCCAGCUGUAACCUAUAGGACUAUAGGGGGAAUCCUUGACUUCUAUGUUUUUGUUGGCAACACUCCAGAGCAGGUAGUAAUGGAGUACUUAGAGCUUGUCGGAAAACCAUACAUGCCUGCAUAUUGGACUCUUGGAUUUCAUUUAAGUCGAUGGGGUUACCAUUCACUGGAUGAAGUUAAAGAAGUUGUUGAAAGGAAUAGAGCCAUUGAUAUACCUUAUGAUGUUCAGUUUACAGAUAUUGACUACAUGGAAAACAGAAAAGACUUCACCUAUGACCUAGUGAAAUUUAAAGAUCUCCCAUCAUUUGCACAAAAUUUACAUGACAAUGGCCAGAAAUAUAUUAUAAUUUUGGAUCCUGCAAUUGCAAAUACACCACUUAUUAAUGGUCCAUAUUUAGCAUAUGAAAGAGGGCAACAAAAGGGUGUAUGGGUAAACGAGUCUGAUGGAACAACACCACUUGUUGGAGAGGUUUGGCCAGGAAUUACAGUAUUUCCAGACUACACUAAUGAUGCCUGCACAGAAUGGUGGGUGAAUGAAUGCCUAGAAUUUUAUAAGCAAGUGGAAUAUGAUGGCAUAUGGAUUGAUAUGAAUGAAGUUUCUAGUUUUAUAAAAGGUUCCAUUAAAGGAUGUGCUGACAAUAAGUUCAAUUAUCCUCCUUACAUACCUGCAAUUCUGGACAGAGUCAUGUAUUCCAAGACACUUUGCAUGGAUGCAAAGCAAAAGUGGGGAUUACAUUAUGAUGUUCACAGCUUGUAUGGAUAUUCAAUGAUUCUUUCUACAGAAGAAGCCAUCAAAGCUGUUUUCCCUGGAAAAAGAAGUAUCAUAUUUUCACGGUCUACAUUUGCUGGAUCAGGCAAACAUUCAGGACAUUGGCUUGGAGAUAAUGCUGCCAACUGGAAUGAUAUUAAAUGGGCUAUACCAGGAAUGCUUGAGUUUGGUCUUUUUGGAAUACCUUAUAUUGGUGCAGAUAUAUGUGGGUUUUUUGAUGAUAGCUCAGAAGAACUUUGCAGGAGGUGGAUGCAAGUUGGAGCUUUUUACCCAUUUGCAAGAAAUCAUAAUGCUGAGAAUUAUCAGCAUCAGGAUCCAGCUUUCUAUGGAGCGGAUUCCCUUUUGGUGAAGACAUCAAAGCACUACUUGAAUAUUCGCUAUACUCUGCUACCCUAUCUAUACACAUUAUUCUACAAAGCUCACACAAGAGGAGAAACAGUAGUUAGGCCUCUACUUCAUGAAUUCCAUCUAGAAGAAGAUACUUGGGCAAUAGAUCAACAGUUUUUGUGGGGACCUGGUCUUCUUAUCACGCCAAUUCUUAAUCCGAAUUCUGUGAAUGCAGAUGCAUACAUACCUGAUGCUGUGUGGUAUGAUUAUGAAACAGGUGCAAUAGCUCCAUGGAGAAAACAAAAGGUCUCAAUGUAUAUUCCAGAAGAUAAACUUGGACUUCAUCUUAGGGGAGGUUACAUAUUUCCAACUCAGAAACCAGCUCGUACAACAGUCUACAGUCGUAAAAAUCCUCUUGGUCUUAUAAUUGCACUGGAUGAAACAAAUUCUGCCAAAGGAGACUUCUUCUGGGAUGAUGGAGAAUCUAGAGGAACCAUAGAGAAUGGAAAUUAUGUUUUUUAUGAGUUUUCUGUUUCUUCUAAAAAAUUAACCAUGGCAGCAACCAAUGCAAAAUAUGCAGAUCCCAAUAAUCUAUUUUUUGAUGAAAUAAAAAUAUUGGGAGUUUCUCUGAGAGCUAGCUCUGUUACUGUGAAGAAAAAUGAUGUUAUACAAACAAUAACUCCAUCAAUAAACUAUGAUCCUUCUAACAAGGUUCUUCUCAUAAGUGGUCUUCGUUUGACACUAGGAGAAAAUUACACCGUAGAAUGGAAUGAAGUUCCAAAUAGUGACUUAGAACGUUUUGAUUGUCAUCCUGAGCCAGGUGCUUCUCAGCAGGCUUGUAUAGACCGUGGCUGCAUAUGGGAGGUUUCGGAAGGUCCUAAAGCACCAUAUUGCUUUUAUCCAAGUGAUUUUGGCUAUACAGUUCAAAACAUACAGAGCAAUCCCUUUGGUAUGACUAUCGACUUAAAUCAACCAAAAGUUUUGCAGCGUUAUGGAAGAAGUUCGCGUACAAUAAGUUUAAUUCGUGUGGAUGUAAAAUAUCAUGAGAACAAUAUGCUUCAAUUUAAGAUGUAUGACCCCAAUAAUAAAAGAUAUGAAGUUCCUGUACCUUUAAAUAUACCAAGCAGUCCCACAAGUACAGAGCAACAGCGUCUUUAUGAGGUUAAUGUUAAGAACAAUCCCUUUGGACUACAGAUCAAACGAAAAAGUAAUGGAGCAGUCAUUUGGGAUUCUCAAGUACCUGGAUUUACCUUCUCAGACUUGUUCAUCCAGAUUUCAACCAGACUUCCCUCAGAGUAUAUUUAUGGACUAGGUGAAUCUGAGCAUUACACAUUCCGCCGUGAUUUAAACUGGGAGAAUUUUGGAUUAUUUGCAAAAGAUCAACCACCUUUACUAAACAAAAACUCUUAUGGUGUACAUCCAUUCUAUAUGGGACUGGAAAAUGAUGGCAGUGCUCAUGGUGUUUUACUGCUUAACAGCAAUGCAAUGGAUUUGACAUUGCAACCAACUCCAGCAUUAACAUAUCGCACUGUUGGAGGAAUUUUAGAUUUUUAUAUGGUUUUGGGUCCAACACCAGAACUUGUUGUUCAGGAGUACACAUCUCUUGUUGGAAGGCCUGUUAUGCCAGCGUACUGGGCUCUUGGAUUUCAGUUAUGUCGUUAUGGAUAUAAAAAUGAUAUGGAAAUAUCAGAUUUGUAUGAUGGCAUGAAAGCUGCUAAUAUUCCAUAUGAUGUGCAAUAUGCUGAUAUUGAUUACAUGGAGAGACAGAUGGAUUUCACACUAAGCCCCAACUUUACAGGACUUCCCUCUCUGGUUGACAAAAUAAGAUCAGAAGGAAUGAGAUUUAUCGUUUUACUUGAUCCGGCCAUAGCAGGAAAUGAAACAAAGCCAUACCCUGCUUUUACAAGAGGAGUUGCUGAUGAUGUGUUCAUCAAAUGGGAUGAUGGCAGUGGAAUUGUUUGGGGAAAGGUGUGGCCAGAUUUGCCCGGUGUUGUGGUUAACGAAACAUUUGAUUGGGAUACUCAAGUAGAGAUUUACAGAGCUUAUGCAGCAUUUCCUGACUUUUUCCUAAAUCAAACUGCCAAGUGGUGGCAUCGAGAAAUCAGAGAAUUUAGAGAAAACCCUACAAACCCUGAAAAAAGUAUUAGGUUUGACGGACUCUGGAUAGAUAUGAAUGAGCCUGCUAGCUUUGUGCAUGGAUCAGUAAAUGGCUGUAAAAAUGAAACACUGAACAAACCUCCAUAUAUGCCAAACUUGGAAUCAAGAGAUAUGGGACUGAGUCACAAGACCUUAUGUAUGGAUAGCCAGCAACAUCUUCCAGAUGGAACGCCUGUAAGACAUUAUGAUGUUCACAAUCUUUAUGGAUGGUCACAUUCAAAACCAACAUAUGAUGCCCUACGAGACAUAACAGGAGAGAGAGGAAUUGUCAUCAGCCGUUCUACAUAUCCUACAUCUGGACAAUGGGUGGGGCACUGGCUUGGUGAUAAUACUGCAGCUUGGGAUCAAAUAGAUAAAUCUAUUAUUGGUAUGAUGGACUUUAGUCUUUUUGGAAUAUCAUAUACUGGAGCAGAUAUUUGUGGAUUCUUUGAAGAUACUACUUAUGAAUUAUGUGCUCGCUGGAUGGAGUUAGGAGCAUUUUAUCCAUUUUCAAGGAAUCAUAAUGGGAAAGGAUUUAUGAGGCAAGACCCUGUGAGCUUUAAUGAUACAUUUAUAGAUUUAUCAAGAAAUGUACUGAAUAUAAGAUACUCACUUCUACCAUACCUUUAUACCUUAUUAUUUGAAGCUCACACUAAAGGUUCUACAGUGGUACGGCCUCUAUUACAUGAAUUUAUUGAAGAUAAACAAACCUGGGAUUUGUCUUUUCAAUUUCUCUGGGGACCAGCUUUGUUAAUAAGCCCUGUUCUUAAGAUGGGUGAAGUUCAUGUAAAUGCAUACAUUCCUGAUGCAGUUUGGUAUGAUUAUCGCAUGGGCUUCAAAGUUGGUGAGCGAAGACAAUGGGCCAAUCUAUCUGCACCUCUUGAGUAUAUACCAGUGCAUGUACGUGGUGGCUAUAUCUUACCACUGCAAAAUCCUGCUUUUAAUACUAAUUACAGUCGACAGAACCCUAUGAAACUUCUUGUUGCUUUGGAUGAGAGUGAGUCAGCCCAUGGAAAGCUCUUCUGGGAUGAUGGAAAAAGUAUUGACUCAAUUGAAAAGGGAACUUAUAUAGAAUAUCAAUUUUCUGCUGGUCCGAAUCAUUUAACACUAAAUGCAACAAAUUCAAAAUAUACCGAUCCAAACAAUGUGAAAUUUGAAGAAAUUAAAAUUUUUGGCCUUUCAAAAAACAUUACCGGCCUUAUUGUGAAAAGAGAUGGAACUGAUCAAAGUUCUUCACAUCAAAUUAUUUACGAUGCUGCAAAUCAGAUUGCAUCAAUCACUGGUCUUAACCUAUUGCUGGGAGGAUCAUACUCACUGGAAUGGAAUCUUGAUCUUGAGCGUUUUGACUGUUACCCUGAAGAUAAUGCCAACUCUACUAAUUGUGAAAAUCGUGGAUGUAUCUGGAAAGCACCUCUUAUACCAGAAGCACCACAUUGUUUUUACCCUAAAGAGUUUGGUUACACUGCUAUUAAUAUUAUAACCACCCCUACUGGUUUAACAGCAGAAUUACAUAAUUCCCAGCCAUUCUCACGUUAUGGGGCUGUCUCUCCUCCUAUAGAAAAUCUGCGUCUGACGGUUAUCUAUCAUGAAAAUCAUAUGCUUCAAUUCAAGAUAGAUGAUCCUACAAAUAAGAGAUAUGAAGUUCCAGUUCCAUUAAACAUACCAAGAAAUCCAGCAAGUACUGAACAGCAAAGACUAUAUGAUGUUGAAAUUGUGAAUAAUCCAUUUGGAAUUAAAAUUAGACGAAGAAGCACUGGAGCUAUUAUAUGGGACUCUCAAGUACCUGGGUUCACAUUUUCAGAUAUGUUUAUUCAAAUUUCAACUCGUUUACCUUCUGGAUACAUUUAUGGACUUGGAGAAACAGAGCAUAGGACUUUCCGUCAUGAGUUGAACUGGGUUACAUGGGGAUUGUUUGCUAAAGAUCAGCCACCAGGUUACACAUUGAAUUCAUAUGGUGUUCAUCCUUUUUAUAUGGGACUUGAAAAUGAUGGAAAUGCUCAUGGUGUUUUUCUACUGAACAGUAAUGCAAUGGAUGUAACACUACAGCCAACACCAGCCCUGACUUAUCGCACAGUUGGAGGAAUUUUGGACUAUUACGUUGUUUUGGGACCCACUCCAGAAAUUGUUGUUCAACAGUACACAUCUCUUGUAGGGCGUCCAGUCAUGCCAGCCUAUUGGUCACUUGGAUUCCAGUUGUGCCGUUAUGGAUAUAAAAAUACCAGUGAAAUAGAACAAAUAUUUAAUGACAUGGUGAAAGCAAACAUUCCAUAUGAUGUGCAAUAUGCUGAUAUUGACUACAUGGAGAGGCAGAUGGAUUUUACUCUUGGAGAUGAAUUUGCAGAUCUCCCUAACUUUGUUGACAAAAUCAGAUUGGCUGGAAUGAGAUUCAUUAUCAUGCUGGAUCCAGCUAUUGCAGGGAAUGAAACCGAGCCUUACAAAGCAUUUACAAGUGGAGUUGAGAAAGAUGUGUUUAUUAAAUGGGGAGAUGGAAGUGGAAUUGUAUGGGGAAAGGUUUGGCCUGACUUACCUGGUGUAGUGGUUAAUGACUCUUAUGGUUGGGAUGAACAAGUUGAGGCAUAUAGAGCUCAUACUGCAUUCCCUGACUUUUUCAAGAAUGGCACAGCUGGAUGGUGGCAUGAACUAUGCAAGGAAUACAGAGAGAAAUACAUUAGGUUUGAUGGCCUCUGGAUAGAUAUGAAUGAGCCUGCAAGUUUUGUCCAUGGAUCAGUCUACGGCUGCAAAAAUGAUAUCUUGAAUAAUCCUCCAUACAUGCCAAAGUUGGAAUCAAGACACAGGGGACUGAAUCACAAGACAAUAUGCAUGGACAGUCAGCAGGUGCUACCGGAUGGAACCCCAGUAAGACAUUAUGAUGUGCACAGUUUAUAUGGGUGGUCACAUGCAAAACCAACUUACGACACAUUGAGAAAUAUAACGGGAAAGAGAGGAAUUGUUGUUAGUCGCUCUACAUAUCCAACUGUCGGGCAGUGGGUUGGUCAUUGGCUGGGCGAUAACACAGCUGCCUGGAACCAAAUUGAUAAAUCUAUUAUUGGUAUGAUGGAAUUCAGCUUGUUUGGAAUAUCGUAUACGGGAGCAGACAUUUGUGGAUUCUUUCAAGAUACUACAUAUGAAUUAUGUGCCAGAUGGAUGUUACUUGGAGCAUUUUAUCCAUAUGCUAGAAACCACAAUGGAAUUGGUUGGAGAAGACAAGACCCUGUAGGUUUUGAUGAAGCUUUUGAAAAACUAUCUAGAGAUGUCCUCAAUAUCAGAUACAAACUUUUGCCAUACCUAUACACAUUAAUGUUUGAAGCACAUACAGAGGGCACAACAGUAAUACGUCCACUGCUGCAUGAAUUUACUUCAGAUCGGGCUACCUGGGAUGUUUAUAAACAGUUUUUAUGGGGACCAGCUUUUAUGAUCAGCCCAGUGCUUGAAAUAAACAAAUUAUCUGUAGAUGCAUAUAUACCCAAAACUCGCUGGUAUGAUUAUCAUACGGGUUUACAAGUUAUUGAUACAGGAAAAUGGGUGACUUUAAACGCUCCACUUGCAUUCAUUAAUCUUCAUGUUAGAGGUGGCUACAUCUUACCAUGGCAAGAACCUGCUAAUAAUACUUUCUACAGCCGUCAGAAAUUUAUGGGUCUUCUUGUUGCUCUGGAUGACAAUAGUCAGGCUCGAGGAAAUCUUUACUGGGAUGAUGGUGAAAGCAUUGAUUCAAUAGAAAGUCAAGGCUAUUACUUAGCAACUUUCACCGCAGAUAAGAAUAUUGUGAGGAACCAGAUAACACACAAUAAUUACUUAAAUGAUUCAAACCAACUUCAUCUUGGCCAUGUUUACAUCUGGGGGACUGGAAAAGAUACAGUGAAAAGUGUUGCAGUGACGUACAAUGGUGUUAAGGAAAAUAUUACACACUUUACAUCUGUAAAUGAGGUUCUACAGAUCCAUCUCACAGACAAAACAUAUAACUUAGCAAAAGAAUUUCAAGUUGAAUGGCAAAUCUAAAAGGGAUUUUUUUUUUAUUAUUUCUUACGUCAUUAAAUUAUCAGGACCUUGGAAAAUAUUGACUUUUUAUAUAGUUAAUCUUUCCUUAGAUAGAUUUUUUUUAUUAACCAUUUCGCCCUCAAUUUCUAAAAUUUUCAUUUAACACAUAUAUUGCUUAAACUUAAAUAAACAAGGAAAAUAAAAAGUUUAUAUAUUUGUGCACAUUGUAUGUUUGACACACUUUGGAAAAUAAAGCUUCAAUAAAUUGUUAA